AUUCCACACCACAACCACAAAGAUAUAUAUACAGCCAACAAAGGCUUAUCCAAACACAUUUUUAUGAAUCUCUGUGAUUUGAAACCACUCCCGAAUCAAGAUCCUCUCUUCUCAUGGCUUCUUCUUCACAUCGCACCCAAGGACACACCGUAUUCACGAGCUUCCACGGGCCAGAUGUCCGCAAAACAUUUCUCAGUCAUUUACGCAAACAGUUUAAUUCCAAUGGGAUCACGAUGUUCGACGAUAAUCAAGGGAUCCAGAGAGGCCAAACCCUCACCGGAGAUUUUGGGAUUGCUUUCAGUGAAACUUGUGAUCGUAACACAGAGGAGAAGAGGCAUAUAUGGAGCGAAGCUUUGACCUAUGUGGGUAACAUAGCCGGAGAACACUUCCAAAACUGGGACAAUGAAGCGAACAUGAUCGAUCAGAUUGCAAGUAAUGUUUCACGCAUACUAAACCAUACACCGUCUAGUGAUUUUGAUGGAAUGGUUGGACUAAAAACUCAUUUGAGGGAGAUUGACUUGUUGCUAGAUUUAGACAAUGUUGGAGCUAAGAUUGUUGGAAUCUCUGGUCCUGCAGGCAUUGGUAAAAGUACCAUUGCUAGAGCUUUAUAUAGUCGUCUCUCUAACAGGUUUAACUUACUUGUUUUAUGGAAAUCCUUAAGGAAUACUCUAAGUAUGAUGAUCGUCGUUAUCUGAAUGACUUACAAAAUGAGCUUUUUUCUAAGCUUAUCAACAACAAUGAUAUCAAGAUUGAAAGAGCGAUAGAACAACAGCUACACUUCGAGAACGUGAAGAGUGUAGGUCAGCUAGAGGCUUUGGCUAAUAUUAAGUGGUUUGGUCCAGGAAGUCGAGUCAUAGUAAUCACUGAAGACAAACGGAUUUUGAGGGACCAUGGUAGGUAUGAUAUAUACUGUUGGUGCGGGAUUCAGCACCCCCGACAUACCGAGCUAAACCAGAAAUACUAAUUGAUUAGUUAACCGGGAAACCGGUUAAGGGCUUGAUUAGGUCAACAAGAAGUCAGUUCGGCCAAAGUGUAGCCUUGAAGAAGAAGGAGCUGACUUCCACUUCGGCACGGCGGCUGACUGAAGCAAUAAGGCAGUUUUCCAUAUCUCACUUCGUCCGAUAAGGAAAGUUAAUAUAUUGUGUAAUCUUAGAACAUGUAUAAAGAAGGAGAGACUUCUCCAUUGUAAGGCAUCCAGAAUCGAAUACAAUAAUCGAGUUCUCCUCUUGUUCUUAGCAAUAAACCCUAAUUCUUUUGAGUUCUACUU